ACAAGGGCGUAGUCAUGGGGUCCGCUGGGGGCACGUGAAUCCUCCCGCGGAUGGAGAGGCUUUCCGACAAUUUGCACACCUCCUACUUUCAGCAACUGAUUUCCAAACGUUGGUUCACCUCCCAAAGGUGUGCGCCUCCCACACGUUCCACCUCCCUGGGACGUGCACCUCCACACCACUUUCGUUCCAACUCCCCAGGAUGAGCACCUCCCCCAAACCAGCCUACGCCCCAGGGCAGGGUUGGAGUAUGAUAUUUGCAAUCGUAACAGAAUUAACACGUGCUGGACGUUUCAAUAGACACAACGAGCGCAUGAAAACAUCAAAAGAAUUGAAUGUGGGCCUACAACUUUUGGCAGUCAUCCAUCAUCACAAUUAACUCACUGGAUACUGGAACUUCAAAUCUCCAAGCGUUUAGGCCCCAGCGCAAAGUGUGCAUUAAUUGCGAAAUGCCCUUUAGUGGGUUACGUCCUAAAGCAGAUCGCCCGGCACUUCGAACCAUUACCUUCUCCAUUGAGCAUUUGAAGACGGAAAACAUCGCAUAGAAGGAUAUUGCUGAAAAUUCCACACGUGUUGCCAUCGGUCGGUGAAUGAACUGUGACAGAUAUCAUCGAAAUUCCGAACUCUUUGUUGUAAGAACAGAGCCAAGGUCUGAAGAUGGACACGACAAACCAGGGCUUGAGGACGUCCAUCCUCCGGAGUGUCCCCGUGGUGCUGCUGAUCUUCCUGAUGGCAUGCGCUCAAGUUGGCACUGUUAAAUCUAUCGGCAUCUACCUCAAAGACAUCUCAUACAGUCUUGGGACCACCUCCACGGACAUUGGAUUUGCACUUGGUCUUUUUGCCGCAUUUAGCUACUUCCCAGCUCCGCUGAUUGCCGCCCUCUAUCGUUUAAGUUGGACUCGACGUCCUCUCUUGAUUGGAGGAUCCAUUUUCAUAUCUCUAGGGGUCAUGCUAACAGCUUUGGCUACUGACAAUGCUUUGAUCGCUGUUUAUUUAUCAAUUUCUGGAUUGGGACAUUGCGUGGUCAGUAUAUCGGCAACAAUCGCCUUAAGUCAAAUGACAAGCGAGCAUACCUUCAACUUAUUGUUCGGGUUUGGCAUGAGCGGGUUCGGCUUGGGAAUGGUUCUUUUACCACUCCUAGCUGAACUUUUGGGUGAAGUUUACGGUUGGAGAGCUGGCAUACUUAUUUUAGGUUGCUUGAUGGCUAACCUAGUUCCUUGUGCCCUUGCAAUAAGACUACCCGUGGCCGAAAGUCGACCGGUGGACCAAAGCUUGAUUUACCAAGAACUUGAGCACAGUGAAGAUUUUGAGGAAAGUUUAGUAAACAACUGUUCGACCGAGGAAGAAGAAAUCGCUCCAUUAUGCCCCAGAGGUGCAGACUUCAAUCAGGCAGGUGUUGGUGAAUCUUCAAUAUGCUCUUCAUCAGUCAACAGAGUCAAGAUGGAAUCACGUAAAAAUGAAACGAGUGCAAAGCGAACCCUUGGGAAAUUACGUGAUAGUUUUUACCGGUCUGAUUUUUACAGGGACCCUGUUUUUAAUUUCAUAUUUCUUACUUCUGUCAUGUUGGGAAUCGUCUACUGCGGCUGGCAUUCUUUUCUGGUACCCCAUGCAUUUCAAAGAGGUUAUUCAGUCCGUGCUACGAUACUAAUGACAUUCUGCGCAUCAGUAGGAAACUUUCUAGGAAGACUAUUGGCAGGCGCCCUCUCCGGUCACCUCGCCAAUCCAGUCACCCUUUGCCUCGGUGCUACGCUUUUGAAUGCCUUUUCUAUUUUGUGUGAUGCAUUCCUUCAAGAUUACUAUGUGAUGAUCGUUACGGCGUGUAUAUCUGCUAUAUGUAUUGCUGGAAUAUCUGUCCUUUCGCCUCUAUCAGUGAAGAAGAGAGCAUCAUCUGGAAGCUUUGAUGUUGCAUUCGCAGUCAACGAUCUAUUUUUUGGCCUUGGUACCUUUUUCGGUGGCUACCUAUCAGGUGUUGUUGGCGGAGUCUUCCUGUCAUACGAUGCGAUAUUCAAGUUCCUUGGUGGUGUACAAAUCGUGGCCUUUGUUCUAAUGCUGCCAUAUGCUGUAUUUGAGAAACCAGCCGAACUGUGA